AUGCAGAUAUUCCCCAUCGCAAGAAUCCUAACACUCUUAGGCCCCGUCAACGCCGUGACCUACUCCAACGCCGGAGGCACGUACAUCCUCACAGGCUCCUCCGACAGAGCCAUCCACCUAUCGCGCGCAGUCCCAAACAACACAAACUCAAACACCCCCUCAACAAUCGAAACCACCUCCCCAAUCCAAAAAUACGAAGCACAUGGCUACUCCGUCCUCGACGUCGCCGUCGCAUCAGACAAUGCCCGCUUCGCCAGCGUAGGCGGCGACCGCCAGAUGUUCCUCUGGGACGUGGAACAAGGCAUCACAACACGGCGCUGGUCCGGCCACAACAGCCGCAUUGAAGCGGUCCAGUUCGCCGGCGAGGGCGACUCCGUCGUUGUAACGGACACGACGAUUAAUCUGUGGGAUACGCGCGCUUCGAGCCACAAGCCUAUUCAGACGCUUGCUGAGGCGACUGAUACGGUUUCUUCGCUGCAUGUCCAUGCCCCGACGUAUGCGAUUGCGAGUGGGAGCUAUGAUGGCCGCGUGCGCGUUUAUGAUAUCCGUAUGGGACAGGCUACUGUUGACGUCCUUGGACAUCCGGUUACGAGUGUGCGUUGCUCUGGGGAUGGAAAUGCGGUACUGGUUUCUACGCUGGAUGGGUAUAUUCGGAUGUUGGAUCGGAGGGAUGGGAAGCUUUUGAAUGCGUUUGGGGGGAAGGCGAGGCCUGGGAUGACGAUUUCCAAGCAUGAGUAUCGUAAUAAGGAGUUGAGGGUUCGGUCGGUGUUUGCGCAGGGUGAUGCGGUUGUUUUGGCGGGGAGUGAGGCUGGGGAGGAGGGGGCUGCGGCUUUUGCUUGGGAUGUUAUUAAGGGGGAAGUCAUUUCUGCUGUUCCUGUUGGGGCAUUGGUUAAGGCCGUUAGUUGUGUUGCUUGGAAUGAGAAAGAAGGGAAUUGGGCUGCUGGGUGCUCUGAUGGUAUGUGCAUGCUGUGA